AGUUAACCUAACCUGCAUGUCUUUGGACUGUGGGGGAAACCGGAGCACCCGGAGGAAACCCACGCAGACACGGGGAGAACAUGCAAACUCCACACAGAAAGGCCCUCGCUGGCCACGGGGCUUGAACCCGGACCUUGUUGCUGUGAGGUGACAGCGCUAACCACUACACCACCGUGCCGCCUGACAGCAGUGUCAUCAUUCAAAUCAUUUUAAAAAUGAGAGUGACUGGUUGCCUUAAAUAGCUCUAUCUGAACGAGUCAGUCCCAUAUCUGGAUGGGCCGCUCUCCCCUCUACAGUUCUAUCGGGACUGGAUCAGCUCCAAUAAGCCCUGCAUUAUCCGUAAUGCCUUCAAUGACUGGCCUGCUUUGUCUAAAUGGAACAGCACAUAUCUCAGGUUGUUGGCUCCAAGCUCAUCAGCGUUGCUGUUACACCAAAUGGCUAUGCAGACGCUGUUAACGGAAAUCGUUUUGUAAUGCCUGAAGAGCGCCAGAUGACUUUCUCAGCCGUACUGGACAUUAUAGAAGGCAGAAAAAAGAGCAGGGGUGUGUUUUAUGUGCAGAAGCAGUGUUCAAAUUUGACUGAGGAACUGCCAGAGCUCACAGGAGACGUACAGGCUCACAUCCCCUGGAUGAGCGAGGCUCUGGGAAAAAUGCCUGAUGCUGUGAAUUUCUGGUUGGGAGAGGAGCAUGCCGUCACAUCUAUGCACAAAGACCCCUAUGAGAACCUUUACUGCGUCAUCUCUGGAGAGAAGACGUUUAUUCUACUCCCUCCCACUGAUCGACCCUUUAUACCAUAUGAACUGUACCAGCCAGCAACAUACAAACAGAAGCAAGAUGGCAACUUUGAAAUAGUGGAUGAAGAGGAUUCAGAAAAAGUGCCAUGGAUUCCACUGGAUCCUCUAAAUCCAGACCUGGAACGCUUUCCCUCCUACAAACAGGCCCGGCCACUGUGCUGUACAGUGAGAGCAGGAGAGAUGCUUUACCUCCCCUCACUCUGGUUCCACCAUGUCCGCCAGUCUCAUGGAUGCAUAGCAGUGAAUUUCUGGUACGAUAUGGAUUAUGAUAUCAAGUAUACUUACUUUCAACUGGUGGAAUCUCUAUCCGGAGUUGUGGGUUCACUAUGAAGCUUUGACCUCCUGAACAAAUAUUCUUCCAAGUGUGAACAGGGCAGGAGUACACUCUGAAUAGGACAAGAGUGCGUCACAAGGAACCCCACACACCUACAUUACCAAGGAGUAAUUUAAGGUCAUCGAUCCAGCUAAUGUUUUUGGGAGAUGGGAGGAAACUGCAGUCCAGAAGAAACACACACAGACAUGAGGCAAACAUGUGAGCCUCCAUGCAUACAGCAUCCUGAGCUCACAAUUGAAUCCCAGACCCUGAAGCUAUGAGAUGGCAACGAUAACUGCUGUACAUGAACAAAUCCACUUCAGCUCCUAAUCCACUGAACAAAGUAUUACCGGUCACAUGUUUAGAGUUCAUUAUUUUCAAUCACUCUGAAAAGGAAUGGCUGAUUCAUGCAGCACAAAUGGACCAGAGUUUCUGUGUAAUAAAUACAAUUUUAUUAAGUA